UUCAGCGCAUUGAACCAGAUAGGAGACAAAGCAAUUGCAUAUACUGAACUGAAAAAAUGGUGAAGAUCACUUUUCAACCAGUGUCGGCGCAGAAGCCUGAAAAAGAUAACGAUGAGGACAAGAUAACCAUACCGCAGGUUCAUCAGCAGGGAUAUCCUCCUGUCCGGCCCAGGAAACCCUUUCCAACUGGCCUGUGCUGCCUCACCUUUGGCCUGGUGAUUUUCGUGUCAGGACUGGUGCUGGCCUCAGUCUACAUCUAUCGUUCUUAUUUUACACCUCAGCAGGUCCCAGAGGACAGCUUAUUCCACUGCAGGGUCAUCUAUGAGGACUCAGUAUAUGCUCCCCUGAGGGGACGACAAGAACUGGAGGAGAAUGUUGGCAUUUACCUUGAUGACAACUAUGAACAGAUCAGUGUACCAGUGCCUCAUUUUGGAGGUAGUGACCCUGCUGAUAUCAUCCACGACUUCCAGAGGGGCCUCACCGCAUAUCACGACAUUGCCUUGGACAAAUGCUACAUCACUGAGCUGAACACAACACUGGUGAUGCCUCCACGGAAUCUGUGGGAGCUGCUUAUUAAUGUCAAGAGAGGGACGUACCUUCCUCAGACUUACAUCAUCCAGGAGGAGAUGGUGGUGACAGGGAGGGUGAGGAACAUGAGGCAGCUGGGCCCGUUCAUCCACAGGCUCUGCUUCAGCAAAGAGACCUAUCGCCUCAGACGCCGCAACCAGCGCCAACGUAUUGAGAGGCGUGAAACAAAGAAGUGCCACAGCAUCCGUCACUUUGAGAACACUUUUGUGGUUGAGACUGUCAUCUGCAACCGGUUCUAAAUCUGAGGCGAAUAUCACAGCCAUCAAACACCGAAGCCAAUUUUAAACCAUACCUCUUGAAUUUCUUACGCGUUAAGCUGCACUUUAAGAGCAAACAUUGUCUAGUAGUUUUAGUUUAAGUUAUAGUUUUUGUCUCAACUUGAGCUGCUCUUUUACUGUCCAGGUAUGAUGUUAAUGCCUUUUUUAUUAUUAUUAUUCCAAUUGUCUGUAUAUGUGGAUGAUGUUAUCCAUGUGUUUGGAUUUAUCUGUAAAUGAUUUCGUUAAGCAGAAGCUGUUAAAGUGAGUCAGUAUGUGGCAUCUACAUCAAAAGACUUGAUUUGAACUGAUUUUUGACUUGUCUUUGUAAUGUGAGUAAUACAGUGCGCUGCAGGUGAUGGUAAGGUUGCUUGAAAGCUGCUCUGUGCACUAAUGUCAGUACUUGUCUCUGUUCUAAUUAUUGUCAUUAUUGAAGUUCUUUGUUUUAUUUUUAUUUAUUUAUUUUUGUUAAAUGUAAAAAACAUACCUCAUGUAGUUAAGAUGUUAAUUUGCUGGUUUAUAUCAUUAAUGAAUUGUAUAUAACUUUGAUUGUUCUGAAGCAAUAUAUACUGUAAAUUGAUUUUCUUCUUAAUAUAUUGUUACAAACAUAGAUUUUUAUGAGACACUGACAUGUUUUGUGAAAGAUCAUUUCGUUAUGGUUUGCCUCUCUUUUUUUCUCUUUUUUGUUUUUGGUAUCACAUUUUCCUUGUUCUUGGAUAUAAAUGGCUUUAGACUGUAAUUAGUAGCAGUGCUGUAGAGGGACAGAGGGAAAUAUUCUGCAGUCAGUGAUGCUAUGCGUAGUGUUAAGGAUGAAAAUAUUUAUAAUGAGUGCUUUAUAGUUUAGAUCACUCACUGUAGAUGAUAUCAAAGGCUGAAACUCACUUUGUUUUGCUCUUCCUCCUCUUCACUCGAGAUUUUCUUGUUUGUCUUUAGCUCUUAACCUGUUUUCGGUCCCUUCCAACCUUGGCAUUAUAAUCUUGAUAAUGUUGACUUGUUACAAUUUAACAAACAUUAGAGUGUCUCUAUGAUGUAUAUGUGCUCAUAAUUCAUUGUCUCUCACACUUUGAAUGUACUGUCAAUUCUUCUUGUAAUAUCUUGCUGCUUUAAGAAUAAAUGAACAAACUUU